AUGAGUCAAGAUGCGUCAAACGAAGAACAAUGGACAUUUGACGAUUUCUUUAAUGUCUAUGUGAUGCACAACAAGAAACGCGUCAUGUAUCAUAACGGUCAAGUCUGGGUGAAUGGAGAUUACGACAGUUUUUAUACAACUCAACAUAAUGCCAUUAGCACAGAAUCUAUUCGCCUCGUCGUCUUGUCUUCCCCCUUUUAUCAUGCAGGUCAAGUAGUGCUUGUGGAUGAGAACGGAUUGACGAUGGGUCGUGAUCGGUCGUGGGAUCGACGAUUGAGAUUGCCUGAACUUGCCGUCAGUAAGUUCCAUUGCCACAUCUUUCUGAAUCCGACCACAGAGUUGUUUUAUCUCGUUGACGUUGGCUCUCAGCAUGGAACAAGGGUCAAUGGUGAACUGUUGUCUGAGGCCAAGAAAAGCAGUCUGCCGUAUUUGUUAAAACAUAAAGAUAUCAUUGAGAUUGGUUCAACAACGCUGCAGGUACAUAAACAUCCGAUUUGUAGCGAGUGUAGAGCGAAUGAGGUGAUUGAUGUGUGCGCUGGGAAGAAGGAAAAAAAGAAAAAGGAAGGAAUGCAGAGUUUGGAGGUCGAUCGACACGAGUGGAUAAAACAGUACAAGGAAAAUUAUGAUAUCUCCAGUAAUGCAGUACAGAAUGAUUAUGUGGACAGAGCAGAGUUAAGAAGACAAGGAAUAGAGAGUGACAUGGCGCCGCCUAAAGUGAUACCACCUAAAAAUAACUUGGCACCACCAGAACCUAUUAUUCGUGUAGAAGGUGUCGGUAGCAACAUGCUAAGGAGACUAGGAUGGCAAGAAGGUCAAGGCUUAGGUAAAGAUAGUCAUGGCAUCAAGGAACCGAUUGAGCUGGCAACACAAAUCGAUAGGGCAGGAUUGGGCAUGAAAAAGAGACUUUAA